AUGCAGUCUACCCCAGCAGGCCGCCGCGCGUCCGAAAGGCGUCCCUCCGGGAGACGUCCCUCUGGCAUACCAUCGCGCCGUGGUUCCAUCGAUCCCUCGAGGCUUGUAGCUAUUGACAAGGCGAGCGCUAUCGGAGGACACGAUAACUUCAAUGUACUCUUUAUCGGUGCAGGAAACAUCAUGUUCGGGUCCCCCGAGGGUCCCUGGAACCACUCUUUCCGUCUCGAGCACAAGCUCGGCCCGCGCCUCAAGGUCGUUGCGCUGAUCGACCCCAACACCGAGCGCGCCGCCGCCGUGCUCGAGAAGAAAUGCGCGUCCUUCGUCGUCUCCGCGUACCAGAACACGCGCAUCUUCAAGACGCUCGACGACUUUGUGAAGAACAUGAGCCCGCGCGACCGCCCGCGGGCGGUCAUCGUCGGCAGCCCGCCCAUGUUCCGCGGGACGACGAAGCCCGGGCGCGACAUCGAGCUGCAGAUCCUGAAGCACUUCCCCGGCGUCGCGCUGUUCAUCGAGAAGCCGGUGGCGACGGGCCCGAAGGAGGAGAUCCCGGAGGGGUUCCAGCUGGCGAAGCAGAUCAGCGAGAGUGGUACUAUCUGCUCGGUCGGGUACAUGCUGAGGUACCUGAGAGCUGUGCAGACGAUGAAGCAGAUCAUCACUGAGAACCAGUUGACCGUGAUGGCCACGGUGGCCCGUUAUGCUUGCGCAUACGAGGCGAUCGCUAAGCCAGACUGGUGGGACAAGUCCAAAAGUGCUGGCCCCGUUAUUGAACAGGGAACGCACUUCUGUGAUCUCUCCCGCUACUUCGGGGGAGAUGUCGACAUCUCGACCGUGGUCGCCCACUCGCUGGAGUGGUACGAGCCCCCGGGGCACCUGAGCAAGAUGCAGGUGGACGAGAGCCAGAUUCCCGAAGAGAACAGGAUUCCUCGUGUCACCAGUGCUACAUGGAAGUACGAGAACGGCGCUGUGGGCAGCUUCACCCAUGUCGUAGGCCUGCAGGGCCACAAUUACAGCUGCGAGCUCGAGGUCUUUGCUGACGGCUACUCCCUGAAGUUGGUCAACCCUUACGUCCAGCCUGUGCUGUACAUCCGCAAGCCCGGCGAUGACGACGAGACGGUCCAGCGUUUCGCGGACGAUGACCCCUUCUUCUCCGAGAUCUCGCACUUUAUUGAUGUCAUCGAGGAUAUCGAGGAGGACCCGGAGGCGGCGCAGAUUCUCAGCUCUUACGAAGAUGCCGUCAAGUCCUACGAGUUAACUUGGGCUAUUAGAGAGGCCAGCGAAAGGUCGAAGAAACCUCGGGCUUAG